AGCCGCACUCUUCAUCCGAUGACGACAGAGACGACCAGGAACUCGAUUGCGAGCUCAGCAGAGUCUGAACUCCCAGACUAUCUUGGGUCCAAUCUCUCUCAACCGCCGCGCUACACUCGCGUCCGUCGGCCACAGAUCCCUCUCUCUUACUCGUUCACCCCAGGCGAUGACCUGAACACGAUGAUGAUGAUGCCCCCGGAGGAAUCCGACGACCGAGGGCAAUACCGUGUCUCCGUAUCACUGAACCUGAACCCUUUUGUCCCUUUCUCCUACCGAACAACUGUCCACCGUGUCGAGGAAGCACACGAGUCUUUCAUCGGGGACUUCGAGCUAUCUCCAAAUCAGCGUCGUGCCAUCCUAACAAUAGGCGACACGACUGCACGUCUUUCCGACGUGAUGUACGCUACAGCUUCCAGACAUUGGUUGUGGAAUUGGGAGGGCGUCGGUCUUCGAUGGGACUGUCGUGUGACUCUAGAAGACGGUUCUCCGAUGUGUAUUUGCUACACGAGAGCGGAGUCUCCGGCCCAGCUGGCGACAUUCGUUCCGCCCCCAUUGGACGCCCCUCCUCCAUUGCCGCACGCUGUGCUCACCAUUUUCCCAGACGGACACCAUUCUUUCGAUCACAUUUUGCUUUCUGCGCUCAUCGUUCAGCGUAAACUAGCACUCGACUAUUGAAUAGCAGCAUAUCAGGGCACAAUGGAAUGAUUCCGCGGAAGUAAAUGACCGCAUAAAUUGCAUGAAUCCGAUUCAGAUAUAUGUGCGCAGUCAUGAUCACCAUUUGAUCGGCUUAUUGUCCAUGCAUGGUCUCGGUCGUUGAUCUCGUGUCUACUGUGGUAUCAUACGUCGGGUAUCCUUCUCUCUCUCGGAAAACAAAGACUUUGGACAGUAAGAACUGUACCUGUAAAGCGCCUAAGGCUCUUGUCGCAGCACCUCCAAGAAGCUCGAGACCAUGUCGCUAUUGGAAUACAAGUCCCUGGUUCUCCCACAAUAGUGCACAGAUCCAACUUGGGAUCCAACAAUUGGCGGCGGACAUUUCCUAAUUAGGGAAGGAUGACCCGAGCCACCGUAUGUGCCUUCCUCUAACUCCCUCAAUACUGUCUUUCGCCGUGCUUGAACCAAAUUUCAGAGCAUAUGCUUCUUGCGACGAUGGAUUUGCACUCAGAAGCUCACUUGCAGAUGCAGGAUCUCCCGCGUUGACUUACCUAGUGAGGCACCGGGUAAUUGUGUGGGGAUGGCCACUUUCACAAUUGGAGAUUCUCGAAUCGGGAUGUGAACUACUUGUGACAAUUGUGAACUCUGUGAGAGUUUCUACUCGGAUCACUCCUCCACAAUACAAUGACUGGAGACACUAAUUGUAUUGGGAUCGCAUAAAUCGCAGGUCAGAGAUCUCGAGAGCGUUAUCCUCAAAGAGAUACUAGACCGCGCAGCCACACUCAUUGAACCUUGUACAUCCCCCUCGUCGCCAUGCCAUCCACAACGCGCCCCAUAUCCACCAACUUCUCUCUUCCCCGCACUCUCGGCCGACCAUCAUCAUUCCCGCCGAUCUCCUCUGCUUCGCUUGUCGCGGCGUGCCCUGAACUGUGCGAAACACCGUUGGAGAUAAUCAGGGAUAAUCUGCUGGCCACCACUCCCGAAAUGCUCGCUGGCACUUCGUGUCUCUCAUCUGCGCAUUUGCCCUGUACAAUAUCUCGUCAUGAGCUGCUGAGUGUCAUGACGGUCCCCCUCCUGCCUCUGCAACACCGCUUGCGGCCGCUGUAUCCGACGCAUAUUCUGGCCAUCUCCGGCCCACCGUCGUCUCACUCUUCUGACAAGCACCACAUCUUUCCUGUGCACGGGCUUGUCUUGGCCGCCCAUUGCUCGAAGCUACCGCCGCUCCCGUCCCCCGGGAUCCGGGGCAUCGGAGCGGUAAACCUGCCUGUCCUCCCGCUCGCUCUUCCAUCUGCGCCGGCGUUCUCGAUCCUGCUCGCGUUCAUGUACACGCACCGACUGGACGCUGUUCUCGUCGCGCUACUACCCAUCCCGCCGCAGCUGCCGUUCCUCCGGAAGGGCGGGCUCACUCACAAGGCGGUCUGUGCGGCGUUGCACGCGAGCUCGGCCGGCGAACGCCAGCAGCUUGCGGCACACCUGUUUUCCGUCUCCGGGGGGAGCAUCCAGACGCUCAUGACACACGUCGCCCACGUCAAAGAGCUCUGGCAGGACAUGGUUGCGUUGGGAAUCGAGGACCCCGCGCUCUGGGACACCAUCGAGCUCGCGUAUCAGAUCGUGCUCGGAGCCCUCAACCUCGCCUUAAAAUAGUAUCUUAUUCGAUAAUGCGAGCUUUGGUUCGUCAUAAACGUUAUCUAUUGCCGCUGGACGCGCCUCUUGUAUCCAUAGUGGGUUUGUAGAUUACGGCAUUGUAAUAUUGAACAGUUAAAUGUAUCGCUCUGAAUUCGAG